UGAGAAACAGAAAGUCUGGAGGGCCGCCAACGGAGAGGUUCGAGCGGGUGGGGAAGAAAAUAGCGGGCGGCCGGCAACCCGUUUCCAUCCCAUCCAUCAUUCAUCAUCCUUCCAUCCCACUUGGAGCUGAGUUGCCUUCUCGAUCGACAUCUUCUGCUUCAUUUCUGAUAUCCCCCUCGUUCUUUUCGUGUCUGCACCGCUGGCUGUUCGUUGCUAGUCUUAAAGAGAAUUUCGUGUGGUUCAACCCUGGUGAGGUCAUUAUCAUACCAACAAGAUGUCCGAAUCUCGUCUGUAUUCCUUCUCGCCGGAGACGAAAGAAAAGCUCCGCAAGUUUCGCUUGGGGACCUCGCGCGCCAAAGACCCGCAGGCUGUUAUCUAUAUAAUCGACAACAAGAGCCAGGAAAUCCGCCCCGAGGAUGGUGAAGUCUACACGAAGAUGGAAGAUCUCGCCGACGAGCUUCCCGAGACGUCGCCUCGAUUCAUCCUUCUCAGUUACCCGUUGACCUUGUCGUCCGGCCGUCUCACCGUCCCCUAUGUGAUGCUCUACUACCUCCCCGAGAACUGCAACCCUUCGCUGCGGAUGAUGUAUGCGGGUGCCGUCGAGUUGAUGCGCAACACCGCCGAGGUGAACCGUGUGAUUGAGGUGGAGAGUGAGGAUGAUAUCGUGGGGAUCGAGGCCAGAUUGCAGAGUCAGAACUGAGUUGGCGGUCCGGGGGUGCAGGAUGAGGUGUUGGUAUAUAUCAUCUUUCGGGCUCGGGCCUCCUUCGUGGGUCUCUAGCCUGCCUUUUUUUGAACUCAUAUCUCGAGCGCUUUUCAAUGGUAUAUUUAGCGGUGUAUGCUAUUGCUUUUGAGGUUGGAAAAUCUUUGGUUGGGGAUGGGUUCUGGUUCUGCUGGUGAGCUUCUGGUCUCUCUGGCGAGGACGCGGACCUUGAUGUUGAUACUGUUGUCCCGGAUGGGAUAGAUUGUUGCACAAUCGGUCACGGUAUUGGAUCUUGUAGAGCUGCCAACCUUGCUCUAGCGUUGCUGCUGACUGCAGGUC